GCCCGGGAGUGGGUGUCACCUGCCGAAACAACUUGUUGAUUCCCAGGAGCGUUGUUGGCUCUGAGUGUGGCUCACCUGUCUCGGGAGCGCUGGGACGCUCGCCCACCACUGCUCAGCCAUGAGCAAGUUGGGCAAGUUCUUCAAAGGGUCUCGCUCCUCUCGGGCCCGCGCGGCUCCCAGCGCUCAGGAGGCCCUGGCUCGACUCCGGGAGACCGAGGAGAUGCUGGCCAAGAAGCAGGAGUACCUGGAGAACCGAAUCCAAAGGGAGCUUGCCCUAGCCAAGAAGCACGGCUCCCAGAACAAGCGAGCUGCCUUGCAGGCACUGAAAAGAAAGAAGAGAUUUGAGAAGCAGCUCACACAGAUUGACGGCACCCUUUCCACCAUUGAGUUCCAGCGGGAGGCGCUAGAGAACUCACACACCAACACUGAGGUCUUACGGAACAUGGGCUUCGCAGCCAAGGCCAUGAAAGCUGUUCAUGAAAACAUGGAUCUCAACAAAAUCGAUGACUUGAUGCAAGACAUCACAGAGCAGCAGGACAUCGCCCAGGAAAUCUCAGAAGCGUUUUCUCAAAGAGUUCAGUUUGCCGAUGGCUUCGAUGAGGAUGAGCUUCUGGCGGAGCUCGAGGAACUGGAGCAGGAAGAAUUAAAUAAGAAGAUGACAAGCAUGAAGCUCCCAAAUGUGCCUUCCUCGUCCUUCCCAGCACAGCCCAGCAGGAAGGCCGGCGUGCCUCCCUCUGUGCACCGCUCUCGAGCAGCAUCUUCCAGGAGGGCGGAGGAAGAUGAUGACUUCAAGCAGCUGGCAGCCUGGGCCACUUAAGCUACAAUGGAAAAAAAAAUUGACACCUAAAUUAUUGGACUACACAUAAGACGUAAAUGCUUUGCGAAGCUUAGAAAUUAGCAGAGACCUGUUUUACAUGGAUUGUUGCCUUUUAAAUAACAGUUAAGGUAUAGUCAGGGUUGCAAAGGGGCCCAGUAUCAUUGGAGGAGAGCUUUCCAGACUGCUGGACUCACGGACCUGCUCUAUUUACUACUGUGUUUCUAGUCCCGGUAUAUAGUUGAUUUUUUUUUUGUAUGUAUGUAUUGAAAACAACUCUUCUGACAUUUAAAACACAUUCCAGUUUAUAAGCCUUCCUGAGGAAUACCUAGGAUAACUGGGGGUGCGGGGCGGGGGGAUGUCUAUGCAAAUACAAGGCAGCUGUGUGCAUCCUGGUCACCCACAGCAAAAAUAAACACGCUACUAGAACAGACUUGUUCUAGUGAGUCUGUAUAGUUUCAGUUGAGUUUCACAGCUGAAAAUCUUCAGGGAGCUUUACUUUAAUUGACGUUUAGUACGCUGAUUGAGCUUUGAGGGGGGCAAUGGAAGGCUCUCCCCAAAUAUCUGAAAGCAGUUACAGCUUCGUGUGCUGGUCAGGCGUCUCCCGGGUGUGAAACAGGAAGCAGAGUGAACACUCGUAGGCUGUUGCCAGCACUGUUCAUUCUCUGCUGUUUUGUGUUCUCUUGCCCUUUCAACAAGAACAAACAUUUCACAGCGUGCACUUUGUAAAUAUAUUAAAAUACUGGCAAUUAAAAAAUGUAUCUCAAGUAAAAA